AUGGUGAAGGCCAAAGUUCUGGCCUCCCUCCGAAAAGGCUGGACAGGCAGCACACAAUGUUAUGUUCGGAAAAGAAGGAAGGAUAGGGAGAACAAAAGAGCUCAGUUCAUCAAAGACCCUUUCCGAUUCACCAGAACACUGCUGGGUGAAGCAAAAUCUGGAAGGCUGACUAGCCCCAGAGAAGACGUGGAGGCAUUCUUGAGAGAGACCCAUAAUGACAUCUCCAGAAACCAGGCCCUGGAUGCCAACCCAAACAUCGACAGCAUUGAUAUGCCUGGAAAAGAACUCAACAUCAGCGAACCAUCCUGGAAGGAAGUUCAAGAGGUGGUGAAGAAGGCCAGAACAGGAUCUGCCCCCGGCCCAAGCGGCAUACCCUAUAAGGUAUAUAAAAAGUGCCCAAUGCUCCUCCGGAGGCUAUGGAAGCUGUUCCAGAGGAUCUGGAAGAAGGGCAUCAUUCCAUCAAGCUGGAAAAAGGCAGAAGGCUGUUUUGUGCCAAAAGAUGAGAAAUCCUCGGCCAUAGAUCAAUUUAGAGCAAUCUCACUGCUAAGUGUAGAAUGCAAGAUCUUCUUUUCGGUGUUGGCUAAGAGGAUGACCUCAUAUAUGACUGAGAACGAGUAUAUUGACACCACUAUCCAGAAAGGUGGAGUCCCAGGCUUCUCCGGAUGUCUGGAACACACUGGAGUUCUCAGUCAGAUGAUCCGGGAGGCCAAGGCCAACAAGGGCGACCUGACUGUUGUCUGGCUGGACUUGGCUAACGCCUAUGGAUCAGUCCCUCAUGCCCUCAUCCAUGCAGCACUAGACCAUUACCGUAUCCCUCAGCACAUCAAGGGAAUGAUCACCAGUUACCUUGGCGGAAUCCAGCUACGAUUCAAGACAACCCACUUUACAACCCAGUGGCAAAACCUGGAAAAAGGGAUCAUAACUGGCUGCACAAUCUCCCCCAUACUCUUCAUCAUGGGAAUGAACCUCCUGAUAACAGCUGCCGGGAAGGAAGCCCGAGGCCCAAAAAUGCAAUCGGGCAUCCGACAACCCCCAAUAAGAGGUUACAUGGAUGACCUCACGGUGACUACCACAACCCACGUGGAGGCGAGAUGGGUGCUAACUGUUCUGGACCGCAUGGCAACGUGGGCCAGAAUGAAGUUUAAGCCAAAGAAAUCCAGGUGCAUGGUGAUCAGGAAAGGUAAGGUAACGAACAGGGUCACGCUGCAUGUGCAAGGGGAAGUGAUUCCAUCGAUAAGGGAAAAUCCAAUCAAGUGCCUCGGGAAGUGGUUCGAUGACUCACUUACUGACAGGAAGAACAUCAGCAGCACAGAAAAGCAGGCAGAAGAAUGGCUGAGGAGAAUUGAAAAAUCAGGGCUCCCAGGUAAAUUCAAAGCAUGGCUUUAUCAACAUGGAUUGCUGCCAAGACUCAUGUGGCUGUUGACAGUGUACGAAGUUCCCAUGACAAGCGUGGAAGGAGUGGAGAAGAAGAUCAACAAGUACCUCCGAAGGUGGCUGGGAAUCCCUCCAAGUUUCGCUGCAGUAGGCCUUUAUAUAAGAUCAGGGCAGCUCCAACUUCCUCUGUCAUCUGUGGUGGAGGAAUUUAAGGUUGCAAAGUGCAGAGUCAUAAUGACAUAUAGAGACUCCCAGGAUGAACAAGUCAGACAUGCAGGCAUCCUCACAAGAUCAGGACGCAAGUGGGCAGCUGACUCAUCUGUUGCACAGGCUGAGAGCAUGUUGAAACUGCGUGACAUCAUUGGAACACCAUGCACAGGAAGACAGGGUCUUGGAACUUCCCAUGUCCAGCAUUGGGGGAAGGCAGGACCCAAGGCCAGAAGGGCCAUGAUCCAGGAGGAAGUACGGAACUGGGAGGAGGAAGGACGAAGGGCAAGGGCAGUGGAGUUAGCGUCCCAGGGUGUGUGGACCAAAUGGGACCUGCCCAAAAGGAAAAUCACAUGGGGAGAUCUUUGGAGAUUGGAGCCUUUCCGCAUCUCAUUUAUGCUACGGUCGGUGUAUGACACACUCCCGACUCCAACAAACCUGCACAAGUGGGGCUUGAAGGAAGAUCCUUUGUGCAGGCUCUGUGGAGAGAGAGGCACCAUGGCACACAUCUUGUCAGGGUGUAAAACAGCACUUGCCCAGGGAAGGUACAGGUGGCGCCAUGACAAGGUGCUCAUGACACUAGCUAACACCUUGGAGCAGGAGAGACGCAAGAAACGCCAACCACAUGGGACAGCAAUGCAACCAAUAAAGUUCGUAAAAGAGGGUCAAAAGCCACCAGCCACAGUAACCACAAAAGUCAACCUGCUGCAAAAGGCCCAAUCAUGGGAAAUGAAGGUAGACCUGGGGGGAAGACUGCAAUUCCCCAAGGUUGUCCAGACAGCCCUGAGGCCAGACGUGGUUCUGUGGUCUGAAGAGGCAGAGAAGAUCAUCCUCAUAGAACUUACGGUCCCAUGGGAAGAGGGUUGUGAGGAGGCGUUCGAAAGAAAGAGUGGCAAAUACCAGGACCUCCUGCAUGACUGCAGAGAGAAAGGGUGGCAGGCGUGGCUCUUCCCAGUCGAGGUCGGCUGUAGAGGAUUCCCUGCCCAGUCAGUGUGGAGGAUGCUCACGGCAAUUGGGGUGACAGGGAGGGAGAGAAAGAUGGCAGCUCGCAGGAUGGGUGAGGCAGCAGAAAGAGCCUCCUGUUGGUUAUGGAGCAGGAGAGAGGAGCUUAGCUGGAAGCCAGGGGGAGUUGAUGGGCAGUGAUCUGGCCACCACUGCCGACCCACCAAUGUUGAGGGUGUAGCGGUUCUGGGUCGAAACACCCAAUGAUCAUUGGAUACC